AUGUAUAUGAUUGUCCUACUCUUCUAUUCAAUAUUCUUUUGCAAUGUUCAUGCUAUAUGUAAUCCUGAAUGCAAGAACGGUGCAACAUGCAACAGUGAUGGUACUUGCACGUGUCCGAGUGAUUAUAUUGGUACAACAUGUGAAAUUCAAUCUACUAAUCUCUGCAAUGAUACUGAAUUGACUAAUUCCACGCCCAUUGUGUCUAUCACAUUUGGUGCCGGCAGUCCACAAUAUUCGAAUGCAACUCCUAACGAUUUUGGCUUCACAACAACAUACUAUCAGACUUUUUCGGGUGCUAUACCUGACGGUUAUUUUGCUUUUGUCAAUUCAGUCCCUAACGAUUAUAGUUCAUGGCAUAAUUCAGCACGAGAUCACACGGGUGACGCAGGUGGUUACAUGUUAUUGGUCAAUGCAAACUAUCAAACUGGUCAAGUUUACAAUUAUACAGUAACUGAUCUGAUUAUCGGUAAUCGUUAUCAACUUUCCGUCUGGAUGGCUAAUGUCGUUAGAUCUGGAUUCAAUCAGUUGAAACCAAAUGUCUUAUUCCAAGUUCGAUCUCCAUCAAUUGGUAAUACUUUACUGGCACAAAUAGAUAGUGGUCCUUUAUCUGAAUAUAAUACAUUGAAUUGGCUUGAAUAUGGUUUGUCAUUUAUUGCACCAACAACUUCUGUAGUUUUAUUAAUAAUUUCAAAUGCACCAGGUGGAUAUGGAGCUGAUUUUGCUCUUGAUGAUAUUCAAUUACGUGGUUGCCGAUCUAGAGGUUCAAACUGCAUUUCAUUCUGGACAAUGCCUUCAUCAGAUCAAACCACUUAUUUCACAUAUGUUGAUGCUAAUACAAAUAUCAGCGGUGACAGUAGUCGCAGUGUUUGUGCUUAUUUUCGUGCUAGUGACUUGAGUGCUGGCGAUAUCAUCGUGGAUAUUGGUUCACCUAAAUCAACAUGGAAUGGAGGAUGUAAUAAACAUUUCGGAAUACGUAUUAUUAGUGAUGUACUUAUCGAAAUAUCUGGAACGUGUUAUGGAUUAGACAAUAAUUGGUUCUUCGUGGGACCAGACACACUUUUUGAUGGUGUUUUUCAUCAAAUAUGUGUCACAUAUGAUCAUAUGAGUGCAAAGCUAUGUGUGUAUCGAGAUUACCAACAGGCAACAUGUAUAACACGGACUAAUGGACCCUACAACACUAGUCAAGGUAACGUGCGAAUAGGUUGGGAGCCAAACCUCUAUAAUCAAUCCACAGCGUUAGGAGGUGUAUUGAUUCGAUCAAUAUCGUUGUUUGAUUAUGUAAUUGAACAAGAUUGUGUCAUUCAAGAGCUUAAUCGAAAACUAUCAAUGAAUUCGAUAACAAACAUGACAAUGUGGCCGAACAGUUCGGAAUUAAAUACUUGUAAUGAUCAUGGAAUAUGGCAUAUGGGAGAAUGUAAUUGUAACGUAGAAUAUGAUGGUCAAAAUUGUUCAACAUGUGAUGUAGGAUAUUUGAAUUAUCCCGAUUGUUAUCCAUGUGGUCAUCGUCAAUAUUCGAAUGUGAACUGUGAUCGUGGAAACAAUACGUGUGGUUGUGAUAUUUUCAUCCGUUCUGCAGGUAUUUUCUGUAAAGAAUGUCAGCCUGGUUAUUAUGCCCAACAAUGUACCAAUGACACACAACUAUUCUCUGUGCAGCCUAGAAUUGCAAGUGACCUUUCAGCACGAGAUGGUGUCGAUAUUGUGUUGAAUGGUGCUUACUUCUAUUUUUCAUCUAUACAUCAUGUUUUAUGCCAAUUCCAAUCAUCUGUUUUUCCGUCGAAUGUUUGGACUACUGAAGCAAUAUUUGCCAAUACUUCAUCGGUGGUCUGUGCGCUGUCAAAUUAUACAGAAUUUCAUGACAUUUAUGUUUCGCUCUCGCUCGAUAAUGGUACUACAUGGGUUAACCGUGCAUAUUCUAUGUGUCUUUGUUCUAUUUCGAUCCAGACUACGUGUCCAAGCAAUGGUUCCUGUUCGUUUGGUAAAUGCCAUUUUGGAAGUUGCGAGUGUUCUCAAGGUUAUACAGGCGACCAUUGUGAUCAAUGCGACACUGAUUAUUUUUUCGUUGUCACAAAUACAUCCAGUGGAACUCGUAAAUGCUUACCUUGCUUCAUGUUCUGUCAGAGUAAUGGAACCUGUAACAGUUCGUGUAUGUGUGAAUAUGGAUACACUAGUGAAAUAUGUGAUAAAUGUCAAGAAAAUAGAUUUGGUCCUUCUUGUUUACCGUAUCCAAUAAUUCAAUCAAUUAGUCCUGCGACAAUCGAUGAUAUUGGUGAUAUGAAUAUAACUGUCUACGGGAUAAACUUCAAUUCAACUGAAUUCAUAGGUUCGAGAUCGUGUAAAUAUUUUUCUGAUACCAUUAACAGAAAUGCAUCUAUUGUUUCUGCCCUAAUCAUUAAUGAUUCGACUAUUAUUUGUAAGAUUCCUUUCAAAACACUCGAUACCUCUGUCAAUUGGUUUCUUCGAUUGAUGAUUAACGGAACUGAGCAAACGUAUUCAACUUUUCAAUUAUCGGUGAGUUCAACGUGUCCUAAUUCUACAAAUUGUUAUCCAAAUGGACGUUGCCAAUUUCGUUCAUGUCUUUGUAAUUCACCUUAUUAUGGAUCAUCAUGUGAACUGUCGUCUCCACCACCGAUAUUCAGUCAAUUACCUGUUUUUAUCAUCCAUGAAUUCGAUUCAAUGACAAUUAACAUAUCUUCUUAUAAAGUGUCGGGUGAUUUACCAUUUCAUUAUUAUUUUCAAAUUGAUCAAUUCAAUCCGAUGAUUGACUUUUACAAUAAUCAUCUUUAUUUAAAUGAAACGACAGGUAUUUUGAAUAUAUAUUCUGCAUUGGCAUCAUUAAAUAACUAUAACUUUACUGUUUUUGUCACCAAUGUAAUGGGUACAACGAAUCUUUCUGUCAUCAUUCAAAUUCUACCUUCUUACAACGCAACAAUUGAAUGGAGACGUGCAAAUCAAUUCAUAUCUUUAAAUACAGCUUCGAAUCUUGAAUAUUCAAUUAAUGCAACUCGAGGAAAUGUUUCAGUAAAAAUUUGGUUGAAUCGUUCAUUACAAACCAUAAUAACAGUUGAUGAUCAAGGUUAUUAUUUUGGUAGAUAUUAUUUCGCAAGUAAUUCAUUUGUUGGAUCAUUGGAAAUUGCAGGAUCACAUCCAGCUUAUGAUUCAUCUCCAGAAGCACAAAGUAUUUUAUGGGUUGAAAAUCUUCGUAUUGCCAUUUCACAAUGGUCAUAUUGGUUAUAUACAUCUUAUACAAAUAAUAUAUCGGAUUUUCUAACUAUCACAAAUCCGGGUAAUUUUGAUUUGAUCAAUAUUACAAUGAAUUUAAUUUACGAUAUACCAUGUAUUCAACAGUAUUCAUUUAUUCCUUCAUCAAUUACGAAUUUAUCUGCAUUUUCAAAUCAAACAAUAUCACUUUAUCUUCUUCUAAAUUGUUCAACUACAAACCAAUAUGUAACUUUAUCAUUGAAUGAAUCUCGAGUUGGUUCGUUAGCAACAUCGGCAUUUAUAAUAUCAAGUCAAUGGAGUUGUCAAACACGAAAUAAUUGCACAAAUCAUGGCUCUUGUAUUGGUAAUGAAACAUGUUCAUGUAACUCUAUCUAUUCAGGAGAUUCAUGUGACAAAUGUGCGUCGAAUCUUUUUGCUUAUCCAUUAUGUAUUUCAUGUCCAAUAUGUAUUCAUGGUCAAGCACAAUGCAAUUAUUCAUUAGCUACAUGCAAUUGUAUUGAUGAUACACGUGUUUAUGGAUCAUUAUGUCAAUAUUGUCAUAAUGGAUAUUAUGGACCGAAUUGUACACAAAUUCCAAUUGUUUUUUCAAUUUCUCCAACAUCAAGUUUAGAAUUGACGAAUAGAACAGAUUUAACAUUGUAUGGUGAUAAUUUUCAAAAUGUUUCAUCAUUUUGUCAACUAAUUGAUAGUAAUAAUCAAUCAAUAUUGAUUUCCGCCACUUUUAUCAAUAAUAAACAAAUGAGUUGUAUUUUAAAUUCUCAUUCAGCUGAUACUCUUACAAUUUCUAUAUUACAAAACAAUGUGAGUAUUACUUCACUAAAUACUUUAACAUAUCGAUAUUUACCAAGUUGUCCAUCAACUGGUUGCAAUCAUGGUCAAUGUAUUAUGGGUACUUGUCGUUGUUAUUAUCCAUAUUCUGGUACAAAUUGUUCAACAUUACCAAUUCCACCUCGUCUAAUGAUAAUACCAAAUUUUACAAUAAUAGAAAUGUCAUCAUUUAAUUUAUCACUUUCUCAAUAUCUUUUACAAGGUGAAUCCCCAUUAGAAUGGUCAUUAACUGGAAAUAUUCCACGUGGAUUAACAAUCAAUUUAUUCUCUUCACUUAUAGAAUGGUCAUCAGCAAUUGCUUCUAUCAUUGAUUAUACUAUAAAUGUUCGUGUUUUACAAACAUCAACUGGUGUUAUUGAUCAACAAACAUUCUCAUUAAUUGUUCCUCCUACAUACAAUGUAACUGUUCAUUUUCGACAAUCACAUGAAAGUUUAACUGGAAUUCUGUCUAAAUUGAUCAUUGAUGGACAAAUUCAUCGAUAUGAUAAUCAAACAUUACGAUUAGAUAAUCUACAAGCAAAUGUAUGGAUUUCUAUUGGUAAUGUUCGCCGAGAGCUACCCUCAGUACAAAUUCCACCGACAACAAAUACAUUUACUGCAUAUUAUACACCUUUGUCUAAUGAAUACGGAACGUUGUAUGUAGGUGGUCAACAUCCAGCUGAUUGGAAAACUAAUAAUUUUCAAGAUUAUUUGACACUUUUGGGUUUAAAAGUUCAAAUAUUAACUGUAGAUACAUUACAGAUGCAUGCAGGCGAGAUAUAUAUGAAUUCAUUUUCAUCUGUUGCCAUAAUAUCAAAUCCUUGCAACUAUUCAAUUGAUAAUUUAACAUAUUCAUUAACUAGUCCUAAAAAUGUCGUAUCAUUUUAUAAUCUUUCAUCGUCAAAUUGUAAUUUAACAAAUAUUCCUCCAUUAACGAAUUGUUCUAUUAGUAUCAAUAUUCAAUUUAAUCAAAGUGGUUCAGGUUAUCUUGUUUUUACAUUUAAAAAUGAAAUUAUCAAAUCAAUUGUACUUUCUUUUCCAGUCAAUGUAAUCGCUGAUCGUGCAUAUUUUACUAUAAAUCCAACAUUGACGAAUUUGAUUACUUCUCGAAAUUCACAAAAGUUUUUAUCAAUCACAGUUUUUAAUACGGGCUCAUUUCCUUUAGGACCUUUAACAGUUACUUUACCGAAUCAAACAUAUAUAUCUGUUCUAACAACAAAUAUUCCGAAAGUCAAUAAAUCUGAAAAUGCUUCAUUUAUUUUGUUAAUUCAAAUACCCGAUUCAGCACCAUUAAGCGUAUUUAAUGUGCGAGGAUCAGUUCGAGAUCUUACAUAUUCGAUAUCUCAAUCAUUCAAUAUCGAAUUGACUAUUAUUGGAAGUAAUAGAACAUUAUUUGAUAUAAAUUUUGUUUGUAAAGAUGAAUUCUCUUAUUUUGGUAAUAAUCCAGUCAAUUUACCUAAUGUAACUAUUACAAUAACCAAUCAAUUUCUUAAUGAAAAAUACAUUCUUCAGAGUAAUCAAACAGGAUAUGCUACUAUAACACUUACAGCAGGUAUUUAUGAUAUUCGAGCUCAAGCAUUAAAACAUUCAUCAUAUCAAACUAUUAUAAGAAUUGAUCGAGAUACAACAUUUAAUCAAGACAUUGUUAUCUUUCUACAACGUAUCUUUGUUUCAUAUACUUUUUCAGUUACUAAAGUUUCACUUGAACAAACGUAUAGUAUAUCAUUAGAAGCGGAAUAUGUAGCUUAUGUUCCUGCACCUGUACUUGUAAUUUCGCCGACGAUUAUUGAUCUUGAUGAAUUGGCAAAGAAUGAGAAUAUAACUCAAAUUGAUUUGACUUUUACUAACUAUGGUCUUAUUCGCUUAGAUAAUUUUCAAUUCUAUUUGCCAGAUUCUAUUUCAAAUUUCAAAUUUUCCAUUAGAGAAACAAUUAGUAGCAGUAUAGAAGCUAAUUCGUCAAUUGUCAUUGCAGUGAUGAUAGAACAUCUUAGUAAUCAUCGAGUAAAACGCGAAUCACUUACGGAAGUUGUAGCAAAAUUUGAAGCUUCCUAUUUUUGUGCUGGCUUACGUCGUAUCGAUGGACAUCUUCCUGUAUUUAAGUAUAUUAAGUCAUUACUUCAAUAUAUUACAUCUCCAAACGAAUGGAUUAGAGGUGGAUAUAGUACAGUAAAUAUUUCAGGUAGUGGGCAGAAUAUUAUAGAUAUGUGGGGUAAUGGAAAUUAUUUGGGUUCUGGAGGAAAUGGAAACGGUGAAGGUACUUGGGGAAACGAAAUUUAUUUAGGUGGCGGAGACAAUAGUGACAGUAUAAUAACACAAGUCAUAUCUUUUCUAUCUAAAAGCUCAACAUGCGAAAGUUGUGUGAAUAGUAUCCGUGAAUGUAUUGGUUCACGCCUUCAUAUACCUUCAGUGGAAGUGGAAGAGGAAGCUACACAUCGAAGGGAAGUGGAAGAGGAAGCUACACAUCGAAGGGAAGUGGCAAAGGAAGUUAUACAUCUAUUGGAAGCGGCAAAGGAAAUUUACCACUGUACAAUUAAUAUGCUAUGGAAGCUUUAUAACUACACUGCGUCAUCGUCCACAUCUAAUGUAACACGUAUCUUAAGCGCAAUAUUAACGGUGUUAAACAUAUUGAGUGAAUUUGUGGAUUGUAGCAAUGAAUUAAAACAAUUACUUCGAAAAAUACCAUGGCUUGGAGAAAUAAUCUGCUUCAAAGAUAUUGUUGGCGAUUGUUUAUCUUUAAUUUCAAAUUCCGAACAACGAAAACGACGUUCUCUUAGCAAUGAUGCAGAAAUUGCAAAAUCUCAAUUAGCAUCUAUCAUUCCUAUUAUGGAUAAUUUUCGAGAAAUGUUUAUCCUCGGUUAUGGAAAUGCAGAUUGGCUUGAUCUCGAUUGUGUUGAUGAUUCAUGGGAAGAUGCAUUUCGUCGAUCACAACAAUUAACAAGUGAUGAAGGUUAUUUGAUAAGUAUACAAGAAUAUAAUGAUUUAAUAUUAAUUCCACAUCAAUGUGUUAAUCGAACUCAAACUCACGAUCGUAUUUUAUAUUAUAAUCGAACAAUAUCUUUUUAUUCAUUGGGUAUUAAUGAAUCGAAUAGUUUAGCAAAUAAUUAUCUUCCUUUUAUGAAUCGAUCUGAAUUUGAUAGACGUUUAUCACAAUAUUAUAGAGACACGAAUUAUACAUAUUCAUUAGGUUACUCAAAUAUAAUAGAAGCACAAUUGAAUAUUUUUAACAAUUAUCUAAAAGUUUUUAGUGAUUCUCCUAUCGGUGUUUGUGCAACAGUCACUAUUAGAAUUUUACAACAAUUCACAAUUACUCGACAAGGUUUUAAUGCUGAAUUAAUAAUCGAUAAUAGUGGUGGAGAUACAUUAUAUAAUAUCCAUGUUACUUUGAUAGUUUAUACAGAAAAUCAAACCAAUGCAACUGAUAGAUUUAGUAUUGGUGAUCCACAAAUCACUGGCGAUCUAUACAAUACAAAUUUACUUCCUGGUGGUACUGGUCAAAUGAAUUGGUUACUUAUUCCAUAUUCAUCUGCUGCACCUAUACAAACUACUCUAUAUAGAGUAGGUGGUCAACUUUCAUAUACAAUCGAUGGAGAAGUUGUUAACAUAACUCUUCAACCAGAUUCAAUUUUUGUAGAACCAGAAGCUCGUCUUGAUAUCGCAUAUUUUCUUGAACAAAAUAUUAUCGGUCUUGAUCCACUUUCAAACGAAUCCAUUGCUUCACAACCAUUUAUUCUUGCCGUAAUUAUUACAAAUAAUGGAUAUGGAUUAGUAGAAAACUUUCGAAUCACUAGUGGACAACCAACAAUUGUUGAUAAUCAAAAAGGUUUACCGAUUAAUUUUCGAAUCAUAGGGAUGAAAGUCAAUAAAGAACAACGGUUCAAUGUUGAAUUAUCGACUACAUUUGGUGAUCUAUCUCCAUUUACAACAUCAAUAGUCACUUGGACAUUUCUUUCCUCUUUUAAGGGAUAUUUCAGAAAUUUUACGGCAUCUUAUAUACAAACAAAUCCAAAUGGUGAUUCUAAACUAUCUUUAAUUAAUUCAUUAACAACAUAUCGUUUACAAAAAAUUGUUUCACUCGAUAUUCUACUUUCUCAACUUAAUGAUAGUCAAUAUGAUUAUCUUGUCAAUGAAUUAGAUGGUAAAGAACGUGUGUAUAGUAGUACAAAUGCUACUCUUUCUUUUCCUGUUCAUCUUGUUUCAAGUUUCAUUCAGUAUUAUUCAAUAGAUUAUUUUACACAACGAUUAAUUAUCAUUGUAAAUCAUAAUCAAACAUUAGAUUCAUCUUUUAUUCAUAUUAUUUUUCAAAAUUUAUAUCCACAAUAUCUCCUAAUAUCUUCAAAACGCAUAAAUAAUAAUAUAGAUAUUACUAUCAAUACAUGGCUUACUCAUAAUAUAGAUCAUUUACAAACAGGUGAUCUGAUCGAAGACUCCAUACAUAUUUUUGAUAAGACACCAUUGGAAUCAAAUGUAACAUACGAAAUUAUUCUCAGAUCAACUCAAUUACCAUCAACAUUAUCUUUAUCAAGUAUAAUUUCAACAGAGAUGACUACAUCACAAUCCGAUAGGACUCAAACCAUGAUGAAUUCAACUGUUACUUCAGUUACACAAUCGAGUUCUAUACCAGAAAAUUCAAUCUAUACUGAUGAAACUGAUACAUCAACAUCAAAACAUCAUCAGAGUUCAUCAUCAGAUUUGAGCACUAGACAAUCCUCACAACUGACAGAUGAAAUAAAAUCAUCAACAAUAAGUACACUAACAUUCCAAACAUCACACACACAAAAUUUUACAUCGGGUGGAUUAAUUGUGUUCAAAAAUUCCUAUAUUCAGUAUAUAUUAUCAUUUUCAAUUAACAUAAUCUUUCAGAUAAUCUUUUAA